CAGUAAUUCGGCGCUGAAAAGGAAGGGGACUAUCUCCUGGGUGACGCCGCUUCAGCUCAGCAGAGAAACCUUGUGAGGACAUAACAGUGAGCGACUUACUUUGCUUUUCAGCAUCGUGACGUCGCCAAAGUACUGGGACAUGGCUGAUAAAGAAGUGUAUGACGAAGCAGUGGAGGAAAGGGUCAUCAAUGAGGAGUACAAGAUCUGGAAGAAGAACACUCCUUUUCUGUACGACCUGGUGAUGACCCAUGCUCUGGAGUGGCCCAGCCUCACUGUCCAGUGGCUUCCAGAUGUCAACAGGCCAGAGGGGAAGGACUACACUGUCCAUAGGCUGGUUUUGGGGACCCAUACAUCAGAUGAGCAGAACCACCUUGUCAUCGCCAGUGUCCAGGUGCCAAACGACGAUGCCCAGUUUGAUGCCUCGCACUACGACAGCGAAAAAGGAGCAGAGUUUGGUGGAUUUGGUUCAGUUAGUGGAAAAAUAGAGAUUGAGAUCAAGAUCAAUCACGAGGGGGAGGUGAACCGAGCGCGCUACAUGCCCCAGAACCCCUGCAUCAUUGCUACCAAGACCCCCACCUCCGACGUGCUGGUUUUUGACUAUACAAAGCACCCAUCAAAGCCAGAUCCCAGUGGGGAGUGUAGCCCUGACCUGAGGCUGAAAGGCCAUCAGAAAGAAGGUUAUGGCCUUUCUUGGAAUCCAAACCUCAGCGGUAACCUGCUCAGUGCCUCCGAUGAUCACACCAUCUGUCUGUGGGACAUCGGGGCGGGCCCAAAAGAAGGGAAGAUAGUGGACGCCAAGACCAUCUUUACGGGACAUACGGCCGUGGUGGAGGACGUUUCCUGGCACCUGCUGCAUGAAUCCCUGUUUGGCUCAGUUGCUGACGACCAGAAACUGAUGAUAUGGGACACUCGGUCCAACAACACAUCUAAAGCCAGCCACUCGGUGGACGCUCACACUGCUGAGGUCAACUGUCUGAGCUUCAACCCGUACAGUGAGUUCAUUCUGGCUACUGGCUCUGCUGACAAGACUGUUGCACUGUGGGAUCUCAGGAAUCUCAAACUGAAGCUCCACUCCUUCGAGUCCCACAAAGAUGAAAUUUUCCAGGUGCAGUGGUCCCCUCACAACGAGACAAUCCUGGCCUCCAGUGGAACUGACCGACGACUCAACGUCUGGGAUCUCAGUAAAAUCGGUGAGGAGCAGUCUGCAGAGGAUGCCGAGGACGGUCCACCAGAGCUCCUGUUCAUCCACGGAGGCCACACAGCCAAGAUCUCAGACUUUUCCUGGAACCCCAACGAACCCUGGAUCAUCUGCUCCGUCUCUGAGGACAACAUCAUGCAAGUUUGGCAAAUGGCAGAGAACAUCUACAACGAUGAGGAACCAGACAACACCCCCGCUUCAGAGCUGGAGGCUCAGGGAUCAUAACCCAGCUCUACACAACAGGUCCAGGCACAACCCCAUCCCAAUCCCCCAGACCCACCACAGCCUAUCUCAAGUCCACCAUUAAAAAUUUGAAGAGUUUGAGGUUAGAGGUAGCCUGGUUGUCAUCCUCACACCAACAUUAACCUGUGAACAGGUGGUUGCUUCUGUGAAGGAGCAGGAAACUUUUUUGUGCAUAAAAGUGAUAAAAUUCUUCAGACCAGUAAAGGAUCAAAGGGCUCCUGUGAGGAAAAUGAUCUGAUAGCCAUGCUGGUCAUGUUCUGCCUUCUUCAUGCCUUAUUUUUCCACCUGUGGCAGGUGUUGACAUGUUGCUACUUUUGAGAACACAUUCCCUGCUGAGUUUGCCUCACAAGGUACAGAAACACUUCAGUAUUUGGUUUAUUUAAUGCCUGCAUAUGGACAUGUCUGUUCUGUUAAAUAAUGUGAAUUUGUGCCAUUUUGUUUCCCCCCACCAAAAACUGCAAUAAAGGUUUUCUAACUUUU